AUGUCCACUUCCACGAUCCAUGGCCCAGGCAUACUGUUUGUCCGCUCCCGCAUCUCUCCCUCGGCCAAUGACCUGCUCACCGAACCUGUGUUCCUAGCCUGGUACGAUGACGAGCAUAUCCCAGAAGUGGUUUCUACAUCUAGCAUCCAUUCUGCAAUGCGCUACGUCGAUGUUCACAAAUCUUCUCCCAUUGGCGAUUCACAGAAUCCGAAGCCUUUCUUAGCCUGCUACCCCAUGGAGGAUCUGGCUUUCACGUUGGGUGACGAGUUCAAAAAGAUUGGCUUCAGGAGUAGUAAGCUUCCGGGCAGUGGUGUCAUUUAUGAUUUGGCAGAUAUGGAUGUCAGUUACCUGGGUUUUAUGGGGGCAACGAAGAGAACAAGAGAGUUUACAGGUGGUGAACAAAAAUUUAUCAUCACAUUAGGAGUUAGACCAGAGAAGAAGAUAGCAGAAGGAGAAGCCACCGAAUUCUUUCAAAAGCAAACACGUAUCAUCGAACAAACAUCACAGUACAUACGCUCGGUGCGCUUCAAACUUCUCUACGCGAGGACUAAUGCUCAGUCUCGUGCUCUAAAGGGGUUACCGACCACGGAUGAGCCACAUCCUGAGCCUUCCACUUGGCUCGCUAUGCACGAGUUCGCAGAGUUGCCUGGUGAAGAGUUAAUCAAGACGUUGAACGGUAGUGCGAAGAAGGCUGCUGAAGAGGAGGAAUGGGGCGCAACGGAAAUCGAGAUGCUUGUUUGGAGACUGGAUCGUGCGCAUGGAGACGAAAAGUUCUUCGAUGAGUGA